UGAGAAUGAUAUCUCUCAAAGAUAAGAUGAAGGACAGGACUCACAGUGAGCAGGUUCUUGCCUACUGUGCUCUCGCCGCGGGAUUCAACAUGAUCAACCAAGUCUUCAACUUCUACUAUGUCAAUGUGUUCCUCAAUAUAUAUCAUGUCAAAGAAACCUGGUUCCAGUUGGCUCAGGUUCUAUUCCUUAUAUGGAAUGCAGUGAAUGAUCCUUUAUUUGCAUAUUGUGCAGAUAACAAAAAUAUACGUUUGAUGUCCACACGACGGAAUAUGGUUUUGUAUGGUGCACCAUUCUUUGCACUGUCCUUUGUGGUCCCAUGGUUUCAGUGGAGCUCAAACCCGACUAUAAUUGGAAUUCAUUUAAUUGUAUCUCUGUGCUUUUGGGACACUUUAUUUACAUUAGUAGGUCUUGCCUACUGUUGUUUAUUUACUGAAAUCUCGCAAGACACAUCAAAGAGAAUUGUGCUCACGCGUUAUUCUACGCUAGCUUCUCUUAUUGGAUCUAGUAGCGUUUUGGUAUUGGAUCAUGCCUCCAGCAGUUUAAAAAACUUCAGAUCUUUUCAGUUUGUCUCUGUCAUUACAGCCUUACUGAGCUGGGCUCUGAUGCACUAUUGUGGCAGACACUGUCACACACACUUUGACUUGAACCAAAUGAAAAAGAAAAACAAAGACGCUGAUCAAGUUCAGCAUCCGAGAAGGCGAGAGCCGUUCAUUCGACAAACAUUGCAGAUCCUGACUGAUGUUAACUUUGUAUCAUUUGUAAUAACGAACUUUUUCCAAGAGUUUCAUAAAACGUAUUUGUUAAGCUUUUUAGCUAUUUUAUGUGAUCAGCUGGUACCAGACAAUUAUAUAUCACAGCGGACCAGGAGUACCUUUUAUGGAUUCGUUCCUUUCUCAUCACAGAUCGUCAUCAUCCUCUUUGCCCCACUCAUUGCUCACUUUUCUUACCAGAAAAUUUAUCGAGCAAACUUUAUUUGGAAAAUCUGCAGCGGGCUGUGCUUGUACUUCUUUGCUGGACAACACUAUCCAGGCUUGAUUCUGUUGUUUUUGUUGUUUGACGACUGUUUUACCAGUGCCACUAACUCGUUGCUCAAGCUGCCUCUUGCCGAUAUAACUGAUGCAAAUAUGGAAAAAUAUAAUCGAAACCAUCCAAUAUCCUCCAUGGUCUUUGGAACAAACGCUCUGAUAACAAAGCCAGCUAACUCCCUAUCACCAAUGCUUGUAGUCGCCAUAUUGAACAGAUACGGGUACAAUGAAGUGAUACAAACACAACUCGGAAGAACUGGAAGUAUAGAAUUGAAGAAUGCCAUGUUUUCUUUGGUUUGUUUUUAUCCAGUUGUUCUAGGUGUGAUUCAGUUGUGUACCUGGUCUUUUUACAGGAUUAGCAAUAAGAGAGAAAUAAUCAUCAAAGCUGACAAAAUCAACCAAGGAGUGUAAUCUAUGAAUAAAUAAUUAAAUUUAGUAUUUAUAAUUAAUGAUCCUUUAGCAACUACAAACUUCUUCGUACACAGAGAGAAAGCCACUGGUAAACAAGGUACUUGUACGAGUUAAAGAGAGGGGAGACAGACCGCGUUCAAAAAUGCCAAAGAUGAAUCAUAUUAUAAUAGAGAGAAAAUGGCUACUGCAAGACUGAGUAAUGUACUAGUACUAGAUGUAGUAUCAUCACAGACGACAAAGGCCCUUUACUCAGAACACAAUUUACUAAGUAGGUUAUAUUGCUCAGAUAGGCUAGGACAACCUCAAAAAAGACUUUCACAAAUGUGUAUACAGUUUCCGUCAUAGAAGUGAGCAUCAUAGUAAUUAGAAUGGUAAAUACAGGCUACUAAAGGAUCUUCUGCACAUAUUGGGAUCAAGUGCUUAGGAGAAGUAGCUUUCCCCUGAAACUUACUGAAGAUUUUUUUAGAGGUGCUUGAGCCUUACAAAGAUCACUUGUGUAGCUUUAUUCUUAUACAAAAUUGAAGAUUGUCGGCGACGUUAUAGCCACAUCUUCGCUAGGCAAGUGUCCGAUUCGAGGGUAAACGAAUCGAACACUCGGCUUGCGAAGAUGAUGUAGCCAAUGAUGCUGUACAGACUUUGGAUGACACGGUAAAAAAAAUCUUCUGGGAUAAAUGAAAAAAUGGAAGGCCACUGGAGCAGGUUUAUUUGAAUAAAGGUAGAGAAUUAUUGAUUAAUAAUAU